AUGGGCCACCUCAAUGCGCGGGGUCAAGCCAUGGAUGUGUACGCCUGCAACUGGGGCUUCACCUGGGUGCCCUGGUUCUUCAUGCUGUCGGGCUUCAUCCUUUGCGCUGCAGAGAUGAGGCACCCACGGCAGGAGCUGAAUGAUGAACCCCUGAACUUCCCUCAGUCUGUUGUUCUCGGCUGA